GCUCUUCACUUAUUUCGAAGCCGUUGGAGAGUAAAGUUGAAUUCCUGGUGACUGAAAUAUGAACCAAAUAAAGGCAGUUGUCUCCAUAUUUUUAAUCUUGGUCCUAGGUGACCUUGUUACCGGAUCAAAAGAUCCUGUUUGCGGACUGGUGCCAGCUGCCAAUGGUUUUGGAGGAAUGUCUUGCUUAAAAUAUAAGCCAUCGUUCACAUACUUUUCGUCUACUAAUAUGUGUGAGACAUUUAUUUAUGGUGGAUGCGGUGGCAAUGCAAAUAGGUUUAGUACUAAACAAGAGUGUGAGGCCAAGUGCAAGGGGUAAUUUUUUAAAUAUUCUUGCAUCCUUGGAUUGUAAAAGCUUUCAUGUUUAAUAAACCUGAACAUAAUCAAAA